AUGGCGGACCUGGAGGCCGUGCUGGCCGAUGUCAGCUACCUGAUGGCGAUGGAGAAGAGCAAGGCGACCCCGGCCGCCCGCGCCAGCAAGAAGAUCGUCCUGCCCGAGCCCAGUAUCCGGAGCGUGAUGCAGAAGUAUCUUGAGGAGAGACACGAAAUCACCUUUGACAAGAUUUUUAAUCAGAGAAUUGGUUUCUUGCUAUUUAAAGAUUUUUGUUUGAAUGAAAUUAAUGAAGCUGUACCUCAGGUGAAGUUUUAUGAAGAGAUAAAAGAAUAUGAGAAGCUUGAGAAUGAGGAGGAUCGCCUUUGCAGAAGUCGACAAAUCUAUGACACUUACAUCAUGAAGGAGCUGCUGUCCUGUUCGCAUCCAUUCUCAAAGCAAGCCGUAGAACACGUACAAAGUCAUCUAUCAAAGAAACAAGUGACAUCAACUCUUUUUCAGCCAUACAUAGAAGAAAUUUGUGAAAGUCUUCGAGGCAGCAUUUUUCAAAAAUUCAUGGAAAGUGACAAGUUCACUAGAUUUUGUCAGUGGAAAAACGUGGAAUUAAAUAUCCAUUUGACCAUGAAUGAUUUCAGCGUGCAUCGGAUCAUUGGACGAGGAGGAUUUGGUGAAGUAUACGGUUGCAGGAAAGCAGACACUGGAAAGAUGUAUGCAAUGAAAUGCUUGGAUAAGAAGAGAAUCAAGAUGAAACAGGGAGAAACCCUAGCCUUAAAUGAAAGGAUCAUGUUGUCCCUGGUGAGCACAGGAGAUUGUCCUUUCAUCGUCUGUAUGACCUAUGCCUUCCACACUCCAGAUAAACUGUGCUUCAUCUUGGAUCUGAUGAACGGGGGUGACCUGCACUAUCACCUCUCGCAGCACGGGGUGUUUUCCGAGAAGGAGAUGCGGUUUUAUGCCACAGAAAUCAUCCUGGGGCUGGAACACAUGCACAAUCGGUUUGUCGUUUACAGAGACUUGAAGCCCGCCAAUAUCCUCCUGGACGAGCACGGACACGUGAGGAUAUCAGACCUCGGUCUUGCCUGCGAUUUUUCCAAAAAGAAGCCGCACGCGAGCGUUGGCACCCACGGGUACAUGGCACCUGAAGUUCUGCAGAAGGGGACCGCCUACGACAGCAGUGCCGACUGGUUCUCCCUGGGCUGCAUGCUUUUCAAGCUUCUGAGAGGUCACAGCCCUUUCAGACAACAUAAAACCAAAGAUAAGCAUGAGAUAGACCGAAUGACUCUCACCAUGAAUGUGGAACUUCCAGAUGUCUUCUCCCCUGAGCUCAAGUCCCUUCUGGAAGGCCUGCUUCAGCGAGAUGUCAGUAAGCGCCUUGGCUGCCACGGAGGCAGCGCACAGGAGCUGAAAGCGCACGACUUCUUCAGAGGCAUCGACUGGCAGCACGUCUACCUGCAGAAGUACCCUCCACCCUUGAUCCCUCCCCGAGGGGAAGUCAAUGCAGCCGACGCCUUUGACAUCGGCUCAUUUGAUGAAGAGGAUACCAAAGGCAUCAAGCUUCUUGAUUGCGACCAAGAACUCUACAAGAACUUCCCUCUGGUGAUCUCUGAGCGCUGGCAGCAGGAAGUGGCGGAAACGGUUUAUGAAGCAGUAAAUGCAGACACGGAUAAAAUCGAGGCCAGGAAGAGAGCUAAAAAUAAGCAGCUUGGCCACGAAGAAGAUUACGCCCUGGGGAGAGACUGCAUCGUGCAUGGGUGCAUGCUGAAGCUGGGGAACCCUUUCCUGACCCAGUGGCAGCGCCGCUACUUUUACCUCUUUCCGAACAGACUUGAAUGGAGAGGAGAGGGCGAGUCGCGACAAAAUUUACUGACAAUGGAACAGAUUGUGUCCGUGGAAGAAACUCAGAUUAAAGACAAAAAGUGCAUUUUGUUGAGAAUAAAAGGAGGGAAGCAGUUUGUUUUGCAGUGUGAGAGUGACCCAGAGUUUGUGCAGUGGAAGAAAGAGCUGACAGAGACAUUCAUGGAGGCUCAGCGGCUGCUACGGCGAGCCCCCAAGUUCCUCAACAAAUCCCGCUCGGCCAUCGUGGAACUCUCGAAGCCACCCCUCUGCCACAGGAACAGCGACGGCCUCUGAACCCCUGACCAAUGGGGAGGGUCCCGGGAGAAAGCACCUCCUCCGGGCAGUCCACGUGGGCUGCUCAGUCCUCAGAGUGCAGCCUUGGGGAAAAGUGUGAGGAUGAGAGACGGAGUCGCUCCCCUCUGGGGUGCUCUGUGGCUGGGGUGGGGCCAGGACCCCGAGAUGCUUCUACUAGGAGUGGUGACCACCAUCAGUUCGGGGGCACUUCCUCCCUCCUAAGGGCCUCCUGCCACCAUCGCAUCUCUCUGUCCUCAAAACUACUGAAGAAAUGCAAAUCUCCUUUUUUGCCAUACGUUUCUUUCGGUUAUGGGUGAACCUAGAACUUGAAAUGCUUCCUACUGAUCACGGCACAUUUUACAUCCGCUGUCAAGCAUAUCUCAGACUUGCUAAGAUGGGACUGAGCAGUCUGCUGUUCAGAUCACCCUGCACUGCCACGUUCUGUCCAUCAACAGCCACUCCUGGGUUUGACUGUCUUUGUUCCGUGCUACUAGGGGGAUGGCAGACCACUCCGGGGGUGUCUCUUAUUCUCCGGGGCUUGAAAGCUGCAGAGGUUUUCUUAGAGGGUUGCACCUGGGCCCUCCCCAUGGGUGUUGCACCCACCAGUACCAGCCUGCCCGUGACAGGGAGCUUAGGCAGCUGGGGAUCGAGGACCCUGCCCCUGACCCCACCCCUGCCCCCUGAGGGUGUGGAAGCACUCAACUCUGGAGGCAUCAGAUCACAGAUCUUCAGAAGGUUCGCAGUGGCUCUACACAGAGGCAGUGGUGGUUUAUAUCUCAAGGCAAUAGCUAUUUUCAAAACCCUCCAAGUCCACAGCACUUUCCUGUGUCUGGGUGCCUGGGACCGCCUGGGGGUGGGGGGCGCCUGUCUUGGGUUUGGACAGAAGCAGUCAUGUGACCCAGCACCUCUGGUUCCCUCUGCCUGACCUCAGGAAGCAUCGCGGUAAUGAAUGGGUCAAGGAAAGAAACUAGGUUUGAGAUUUUAGUAUAAUUUAAAAUGAAUAUUCUUGAAAAAGGAAUGCCGAAGAUGAAUGUGCCAGUGGGGUAACUGUGGGUGUUGAACGUGUGCUGCCGUUCAGCUGUCAUCAGUGACCUCGGGCCCAGACGGGCCGUCCUCUGACAGCAGUGCCUGGGUCCCGGUGGCCGUCCUCUCCCCGGGCUUGGAGUCAAGCCCCAAAUAAGUGCUGGCUUCUGAAACCCAGUGUGUUUCCCAGUGAUGUCCUCCAUGUCGUCAGACUAAAAAUGACAGUAAUUCUCAAAGUCAACGUUUUUGUCCCGUUCUUAGUGCACUUCUAUUGUCUGUUUCCAAGUCGA